AUGUCUGGUCGAAAGCUGGGAGGCGGGAGGAUUCUUGGAAGUGGGAAGUCGUUGGCACCUCCCGCCCCUCCAGCGCAACACCAGCGAAGACCUUCAGAGGUGAUCUCGCCCGCGGGGAGCACCGUCUCUUUCAGCUCGAGGGAAUCUACCAUUUCGCCGCUGGCUACGUCGCCUUUGCCGGAUGUUGGGCAGGACUUGAUAUCGAGGGCUUCUUUGGAAAAUGGGGGCCCGUCUACGGUUACAGCUGCGAGCUCCAAGCUUGUUUGCCCGAUUUGCAAUGAGGAAAUGAUGACUUUACUGCAGCUUAAUAGACAUUUGGAUGAUAACCACCAGGAAUUACCAGAAGUCGAGCAGGACGAAGUCAAGAAUUGGUUCAAUAAGCAGGUUGUAAAGGCGAAGAAAUUUCAACCACUGGCUGUUAUAAACCAAAAACUCAAAGGAUUGGAUGUAUUUGAGUCAAACGACCCUCAUGCCCCUACUCCAUUUCCCAGCAACGUCCCUAGCAAUCGAAUAUCGACUCCAGAACAAUACAGACCAGAUCCCGAUGAAGUCGUUACGAGGGCCCAUUGGCAGAGAGCUGGAUAUAAUGACUUGUGUACGGAACCAGCAUGUGGGAAGAGGCUGGGGCCAGUAAAUGGGAAUGUCAACUGUAGGAAGUGCGGGCGGCUAUUUUGCGAGGACCAUACGAUGUACCAGAUGAAGCUCUCGAGGUCUGCCCAGCAUGAACCUGUGAGAGGGUUCUGGUGCAGAGUUUGUGAGACUUGUUUCAAGUCGAGGGAAGGCUAUAAUGACCAUAACGGGCUUUUGAGGGACCAUACCAAUGACUUUCUGGCUAUGCGGAGGAAGACGGUAGACAAGGCAUAUCUGGAAGUAUCACGGCUAGAGAAACGCCUCACGAAGCUUACCCAAUUACUAGCAAACCCACCAGAAGACUUAUCAGGAAGCAAUGGAGGAAUACUGUCUCUGGCAGGCCAGAAGAACCAACGAAAAAACCUAGAACAAUCAGUGGUGACAUGGGAAGAAGAUGCAAAGGUGUUGAAAUGCCCUUUUUGUCAGCAAGAAUUCGGAUCAUGGUCAUUUCGGCGGCAUCAUUGUCGACUAUGCGGACGAGUCGUCUGCGCCGACCCACGAACAGGCUGCUCAUCAGAGAUCGGCCUAAACGUAACAGCCAUGACUGACGUUAUGUCAGAGAAAGCCGGAGACCUAAGUCUCGACAUUCGCAUGUGUAGAGAUUGCAACACGACAGUAUUCAGCAAAAAAGACUUCGCUGCCGAAGUCUCCCACAAACCACCAGACCAACGCGCCUACGAAAACCUACUACAAUUCGAAAAAGGCAUCCGACUCCUCCUGCCCAACUUCCAACGUCUCCUCAUGGCUCUCCAAGAUCCCGAGAAGCCACCAUCACACAUCCAACUCACCGAAGCAUCAAAGGUCCGCAAACGACUAAUUGACAGUUUUGGAAAAUACGAUCUGGCCGCGAAGCGGAUACGAGAUUUACCAAGCAAGAGCCCUACCCAGCUAAAGCUCCAAAAAGCAAUCUACAGCCAAAGCGCGGCCUUCCUAAACCUCCACAUGCUACCCCUAAAAUCGCUCCCGCGGAUCCUCAAACACGCCUCCCCAUCCCCCCACGGCCUCCCCCCCAACGGACGCAGCGCGCUCGCAGCCAUAAAAUACAACGACAUGGACAGCGCGUCGCAGAUCAGCUCCAGCAGUGCCGUGUCGGCCAUGGAGGCCGAGGAAAAGGAGUUGAAGGAACGCUUGAUCGUGCUGGAGGAGCAGAAGUUCUUCGUGGCCGAGAUGGUCGCGGAUGCGCAUAAGAGGCGCAAGUUUGACGAGGCGGCUAGUCUGCAGGGCAACCUGGGGGAUUUGGGCAGGGAGAUUGAUGCUGUUAAUGGCAUGUUGGGACAGUUGGAUUUUGCGGGCGUUUACGCGAGGGAGGGUGGGAAUGGUUUUGGUGAUGGGGGGGUACUGGGGAUGGGGGUGGGGAAGUAG